GCCGGUUAGUUUUUGGGUGGGCGGAUUUGUGCGCUUGUUUCAGGAGGCGGGGCAGCCCGGAGGGUCGGUCCUUCUGAACUGCUGCUCUCUCUCCCAGAAAACAACACAGGACUAAAUAAGUUAGCAAGCAGUGGCGCGGGCAAUUUGCUCAACUCGUUUAUCUUUUAAAACUGAUUAUAACAAAGUGCUGAUAAUCUGCGAUAACUAAAAGAGAGAGAAAACCGACGCUGAGGUGGACCACCUGAUCCAGGGAGAGGGAUUUAUUUUCCUUCAGCAUUCCUGAUGGAGUCGUACAGAGUGACUGGCAUUCCUAGCAGUGGACCACAGCGGGACCACACUCAGCCGUCCCGCCCCUCCAGGCCCCACAGUAAUGGAGCUGGUUCAUACGGUCUCAGCAUCCGUGUCCAGGGUAUAGAUGGACACCCCUACGUAGUUCUCAACAACCAGGACAAGGGUCCUCAAUCCUUCGUCGACCCUAACAGCAAUGGGUACAUCGACACAGAUGGCUCUUUUAUUGAGAACUACCAGGAGUAUGAUUUCCGGAGAGCAAAGGAGGCUGAAGCCAACGACCCCUUCAUGGAGUACAGGUCUCAGAAGAUGACUCAUCACACUGGUCCUCAAAAUGGCAUUGCAGGUUCACAAGGAAAUAAAUCUUCUUCCCUUCGGAACUUUCAGAAGCACCCUGAGAUUCUGAAGCCGUAUGAUCCGGAGAACAACACCCUGAACGUGGACAGCUCCCAAAGCCUGCCUUCAAGACCCCUGCCUCUUCCUGAAACUGGAAACCAACACCAGAUUUCUUCCUCCAAAUCUGCUGCACCAUCCAACAUCCAUUCAACCAGCCUGGAUCGGAAUAAAGCUCCUCUGCAGCCAGAGAAACGGCAACCUCCACCCCAGAGCCUGGGUAAGACGGCUCUUCCUCAGCCGAGGUCGCAGCCUCUGUCUUCCCCUCCAUCCCAGCCCGCUCAGCCUCAGUCCAAACCUCGUCUCUCUAACCUGAAUCAACCUCAAACAAGGCUGGGUUCUAAAAUUCAGCAGCAGCCAGUGUCUCCAGCCCAGAAUCAGCCCUCAACCGUGUCCAGUCCCACAAGUGAGAACAACAAGAUGUCAUGCCAGUCUCCCACUUCUAUGAGCAGCACCAACUCCAGCCUGGACCGUUCCCGCCGUGAGCCUGACGUCCUUCCUCUAUGUAGGACGGACUCCAGCGGUCCAGUUCUUCAGUCCUCAUCCCGCUCCCGCCACUCCUCCUCAUCUUCCACCUCCAAGGCUCUGGUGGACGAACAGAUGGACGCCCUGUACGCAGACACCAUCAACCGCCACGGGAACCGCCGCUACAUCCCGUUCCUCCCAGGUUCAGGCAGAGACAUUGACACAGGCUCCAUUCCUGGUGUGGACGAGCUAAUUGACAAGUUUGAUGGCAAAGAGGGAAACCACCAGCAUAGAGGCAGAACGGGACGCAGGAACAGGAUCAAUCUGGAGGACAGGAAGCGCUCACGCAGCGUGGACAGCGCCUUCGGCCUGCCAGAUGGCUCUAGCUACGUGGACGGGUUGAACUGCCAGCGAGGCACGUCGAUGGAACAUGUCCUGAGACCCUCACAGCUGCGGCAGAAAGCAACCGGCAGUCAGGACUCCUGGCUCACCGCUGUGGAUGGUAAGGUCAACACCAGGGCUUCUUCUCGUACCACAAGCGCACCCGGCUCCCCCCAGAACACCCUCUCUACAGGUGUUGGCGCCAUACAGGGUUACAGAAAGCCACGGACUCGCACCUCGUCAUUUCCAUUCAAGAGGUCAGAGAGUGAGGACUUUUCAGAUGGAAAAGUUUCAACAACAUCCCUGUCAACAACUCUAUCCAAGCCUUCUUCUUCCUCAGGCAACAAGCCCAAUACAGAGGCAGAUGUUCAGGCGACACCUGAUCUCCUGAAAGGUCAGCAGGAGCUUUCCCAACAAACACACGAAGAGACAGCAAAACAAAUUCUGUUCAAUUACCUUAAAGACGGCAGCGUGGAUAAUGAUGAAACGACGAAGAGAAAGGUCAAUCUCGUCUUUGAGAAGAUUCAGACGUUGAAGUCUCGAGCCACAGCGAGCGCACAAAGCGACAACAAAUCUCCAGAUUUUUCUGCACAGACAAAAGCUCUGCUGGAGCAAAACGAGGGGCUGGGUAAACAACUGAGCGAACUGAAGAGAAAACUUGAGGACCAAACGACGAAGAAUCAGGCUGACAAGAGGACGGUAGCAGAUUUGAAGGAGCUGCAGCGGAAGCUGGAGCGGAGUGAAGAAGAGUGCAAGCGCCUGAAGGAAAAACUCUCCAAAACAGAGUUGGAGCUGCAGAACACAGUGGAAGAGCUGUUCCAGGUGAAGAUGGAGCGGGAGCAGCACCAGACGGAGAUCAGAGACCUGCAGGACCAGCUGUCAGAAAUGCACGACGAGCUCGACUCAGCCAAGAAGUCCGACGCAGAUGGAGAGAAAGACAUCAUUAUGGAGGACAUGAUGCAACUGAAGGUGGAUAUACAGGAGGUUCUUAUGCUCAAGGAGGAUCAGGAGGAGGUGCUGAGGAGGCGAGAGAGGGAGCUGACGGCCCUGAAAGGGGCCCUGAAGGAGGAAGUGGCCGCUCAUGACCAGGAAGUGGACAAGAUGAAGGAGCAGUAUGAGAAGGAAUUAACCCGGCUCCAGGUGUCUUUGGUGGAGGCCAAGCAGAGCAGCGCAGCAGUGGUCCGUGAGAAGGCUGAAGUGGAGGCAGCCAAGGGUGCAGUGGAGGGCCAAGCAGGGCGGCUGAACCAAGAGGCCGACCGGCUGCGCAGGCGGGCUCAGGAGCUGGAGAACGAGGUGGCCAAACUCAACCGCAUCAUCGAUGAGGCCAAGCUGCAGGAGAGCAGGACGGGGGACAGAGCUGGAAGACUGGAGAGAGAAAAAAAGCUGUUGGAAGAAUCUUUGGCUGAAAUCAAGGAGCAAGAAGAGGAGAUGUCUCGUGCCAAUCGAGCGUUGACCAUGCGGUUGGAGGAAGUGCAGAGGAUCUUUUCAAAACUGAGCGCUGAACACAAGGACCUGGAGGAGAUGUUACAAGAAGAGAAGAUUCAGAAGGAGCAGUUCAAGAACAUGAAGAACGGCAUGGAGGACGAGAGGAGGCUGCUGGACCGCACAGUGGAGAAACUUCAAAAGGAGAUGAAUGACAUUGUGGACGCCUCCCAGUCGUCCACUGUGGAGCUCCAGGAACAGAUUAAUAUUUAUAAGGACAACAACCGUCGGGAGCUGGCUGAUCUGCAGAAGCUUCUGAAGGAGCGGGGACAUGAGCUGGAAAAGUGCCUGCUGACGACCAAAACCCUGGAAGAAGAGUUGUCGCACCGGGAGGAGGACCUGCGGCAGUGUCGGAGGGAGCGGGACGAGGCCGAGCUCAAGCAGUCGACGCUGGAGAAAAAGGUUCAUGAUCUGGAGACGGAGGCUGAGGCAAAGACCCACGUUAAAGACGAUAAAACUCGACAAAUGAAACUCAUGGAGGACAGGAUCGACCAGCUGGAGUUGGACCUGAGUGAGGAGCGGCAGGGUGGAGACCAGCUGAUGGACAGGAUAGACCGAGGAAGAGAGCAGGUGGAGCAGAUGAGGAAUGAACUCCUGCAGGAGAGGGCUAGCAGACAGGACCUGGAGUGUGACAAGAUGGCUCUGGAGAGACAGACCAAAGACCUGAAGAGCAGAGUGGCUCAUUUAGAGGGCUCUCAAAAGUCCAACAAAGAGGGCCUGGUAGCCCAGCUGGAGGAUCGCAUACAGGAGCUGGAGGGGAGGCUGGAGGGAGAGGAAAGGGAACGUGCCAACCUGCAGCUGGUGAACCGCAGGCUGGAGAGGAAAGUAAAAGAGAUGAUGAUGCAAAGUGAAGAAGAGCAAAACACAGUGCUAGAUCAAAAGGACCAGUUAAAUUUGCGUCUAAAGGCCCUGAAGCGGCAGAUGGACGAGGCUGAGGAAGAGAUCGAUCGGCUGGAGCACAGCAAGAAGAAGCUGCAGAGAGACCUGGACGAGCAGCAGGAGUCCAAUGAGCAGCUCCAGAGCCAGCUCAAAUCUCUGCGGAGUGAGAUCAGGCGUAAGAGCAACUCCGCUCCGCUGCUCAACACUCUGGACGAUGAUGACGACGAUGACGACAUCAGCACCGACGGAGAGACGUACUUCAGAUCCUCACUGGGGUACAAGCGCUCCUCAAGUCAGGACAACAUCCUGUCCACCUACACUUUAUAAACAAACCCUGAGGUGGAAGAUAACAGCUGCUUUACAUGCAUCACUGUGGGACCAAACAGCUGGAGAUUUAUGUGCUGUUUGCAAAUGAAACUGUAAAUGUUACACGGAAACAUCUGUGUGAUUAAUUCCGGUAGAAUCUCCUUGUCCAUAAACUCACUCAGUAUUAUUUUUAGCAGCUCUGAAAUUACAGGAUGAAAUUAUACAUGUUUUAAUGUUUUAACAUGUCCCAUAGAAAUUAAAUGUAUAUACUAUUACAUCUAGUAAUUCUACAUUCCCACAAUAAGCCUUGUGUACAUUUUAAUCUUAGUGGAAUUUUAUUUGUUUUACAAAUGGAUUAAACAUGAUUAUCCUAGCAUUAGUAAACUUGAAAACGCACUCUUUAAUGCACUGUAAAACGACGCAACCAGUACUGCCUUUGUGAACAAUUAUGAGGUGACUAACUCUCAUUUUUUAUGCCUAUCAAAUAUGUUAAAUUUACAUACAGUAUCUGAAUAUUAAUGUGUAUAUCGUUUAGGCUAAUAAAAUAUAUCUGCUUUUUUAAUGAAUGAAAAUCAAAUCUGAGUAUAUGAAGUGAGCAGUGCCAGGAUUCUUUUAUUUUUAUUUAUUCAUGGUUGAAUACACAGUGAAGGUUUUAGGGAACAGUAAAUGAGGGACUUUGUACACAUUGUUUUUUUAUACAGUUGUCUAUGGUUUGAUACAAAUAUUAGCUCCAAAAAAAUACUAUAUACAGGCAUUUAUUGUAAUUGUUACAUACAGUUUACUGCAAAUAUAAGUGACACCACAGUAUUGCUUUCACAUCUACUGGAAAAGCUUGCUUAAUGCAAUCAUGUGAUAUUGACUUUCUUUUAUCUUUUUUGUGAUUAUUGAUUCUGAAUCUAACUUUUCAUCAGUUGCAGUGCUAAACGUAUAUCAAAACAGUUCAUCUCUGAAGACAUUUUUAUACUGGAAACACUUUGAUUCUACUUUUAUCCCUGGCCAUUUCUCUCCUGAUUGGUGCGGUGUUGAUACUGGACAUGGUUUUAAGUAUUUUUCUUUAACCUAAUACAUGUGUGUGUGUUUGAAUCAAGUCACUGUGCAUGUAUAGCCUUGCAAUGCCUUGCAAAUGUCCUUCCAUUUUCCUUGAAGUGAAAGAGGGAAUUUCUUCAGAUGAGAUAAACUGACCUUUGCUGUUUUGUUACACUGUGAUGAUUUGCACUCUCUGUUGGCUCUGCGCCAAUGUCUGACGCCUGUGGAGGGACAGUGGAUUGAGACAAUUUGCUGCCACUACCUCUCUGUACACACAAUAGUUUGUUCAUAAAUCCUGCUGACACUCAAAUAAAGUUACUUCCAGUUAC